AUGGAUCCUGAGAUCAAGCCAGAACAACCCCCCCAUUUCAUAGACGUAUCGGAAAAUGCAGAUUCCUCAAUACAGGUUUCAAGCAAGGGAAAGAAUAAGAGCAGAGACAAAGACGGAGGUUCAUCCAAAAGGCGAUGUGUGAGCACCGCUUGCAUUGCUUGUCGGAAGCGUAAGUCCAAAUGCGACGGAAACCUGCCCAAAUGUGCCGCCUGCGCUUCCGUCUAUUUGACGGAAUGUGAAUACGCACCUCAUACCGAUCAUCGUCGCAAAGGAGUUUACAAAAAGGAGGUGGACGCUACCAAGACCAAGAAUUCCACCCUACAGAUCCUCAUCCAAGCCAUUCUCAAUGCUGAAGAGGACGACGUCAUGGAUCUUGUCCGUCAGAUUCGCACAUGUGACAGUCUUGAAGAACUCGCGACUAGCAUAGAAACCCAAGAGAAAGGUUUGAUCGAGGACCCCACUGAUUCACCAGCCGAUGGAGAAGAAGAACCCAGUGUCCCUAAAUUUGAAGCUGAGCUUUCGGGAAAGAUGGGUGAUUUGAUGCUGGAUGGAUCCGUCAAAUUCAUCGGCGGCACUUCCAAUCUGAUUUGGCUCCCUGAGGAUUACGAACACAAAGGCUCUGGCAACUUGCCACCGCAUCAAGAACGUGUUGUUCGACCCCGUGAAGAAGCUCUCUUAUCAUGGACGACAGUCACGCAGGACAAAGAACUCAUUCUUCAUUUUAUGAAUAUGUACUUUUGCUGGCAUUAUGCAUUCUUUACCACUUUGGCCAAGGGACUCUUCUACCGCGACUUUCUGACGGGGACGCCAUCACAAUACUGUUCUUCUCUCCUGGUCAAUGUUAUGCUUGCUCUUGGAUGUCAUUUUUCAUCGCGACCGGCAGCUCGAGCCGAUCCCGAGGAUUCCGGUACCACCGGAGAUCAUUUUUUCGCCGAGGCAAAGAGACUCCUCUACGAGAAUGACGAAUUUGCCAAUGCCAAAAUCUGCACUGUCCAAGCUUUGGCGCUGAUGUCGGUAAGAGAAGCCGGAUGCGGUCACGAGAGCAAAGGAUGGGUGUACAGCGGAAUGAGUUUUCGAAUGGCGUGUGAUUUGGGAUUGAACGUGGAUGCCGCUCCCAUCAAUGAAUCAUCUCGACUAACAGAUGAGGAUAUUGACGCAAGACGGAUCACAUUCUGGGGAUGUUUCCUCUUCGACAAAUGCUGGUCCAAUUAUCUGGGGAGACAACCUCAGCUACAAAUGCCUAAUAUUACGGUGAAAAAGCCGGUGGUGUUUCCUUCGGAAGACAGUGAGAUGUGGUCGCCAUACACCGACACCGGCAUCGUUCAAGCACAUGCUCAACCCGCUCGCACGAGAGCAGUAGCUUUGCAAUUGUCCAAACUGGCCGAAAUCUCCAGUGAUCUCUUGACCUCGUUUUAUAUCCCGCAAUUGCUCGACAAGCCUCUUUCCAGACAAGCCGAGCUCAAAAAACUGAGUGAUCUACAUACCAGACUGGAAGCAUGGAAGCAAGGACUCCCGGCAGAAAUGGAGCCUCGCGAGGGACAACUACCCCAAGUCCUCCUGGUUCACAUGUUUUUCCAGCUCUUAUACAUCCACCUGUAUCGGCCAUUCCUGAAGUACAACCGCACGACGUCACCACUCCCUGCUCAUGUGUCGCCCCGAAAGUACUGUACACAAGGCGCCGCCGCCGUAUCGAAAUUGUUUCGGUUAUACAGACGAACACAUGGCCUUCGACAAAUCUGCAACAUUGCGAUUUACAUCAUGCAUUCGGCAUGUACGAUCCAUCUGUUGAAUCUGCCAGACAAAAAUGCCCGACGUGAUAUCAUUCACGGGGUCAAACAUCUGGAAGAAAUGGGAGAAUGCUGGACGGCAGCUCGUCGUACCCUACGAGUUCUUCGUCUGUGCGCCGACAAAUGGAACAUCGACAUGCCCGAAGAGGCGGAAAUGGUCUUCACCCGAGUCAAAGCCAAAUGGGGACUCGCCGAAGGUGCACCCUCGCCUCUCUCGCCAGACUCUCUAGCAAACAUGGCUAAGCAGAUCCAUGCGACUCCCGCCGUACCCGACCUGAUGGCUCGAAAUGUUCAGCAAUCUUCUCAACAAGCCAUGCGGCUCCCUUCGACGACGGUGCCCAUGACGUACCCUGGCUUAUCUGUGCCCAUGGUCCCAUCACCCUCCGACACCAUCGACACAAGAAGGUCAUCCGGCGGCUUGUCCAUGCCGCCCCAAUCGGCGGCCGACUUGAACCGCGACAUGCACCGGAUCCGACCCUCGACAUACCUGACCAAAGCACAACAAGAUGCGUGGAACGCGCAUCAAGCGCGCAUGGGUGGCGCGAGUGGAGCGACGUCCGGGGCCGCCAGCCAUGUUGCUGCCGAUCAAAACGCCGCAAAGUUGUUCGGCGGCAUCGACAGCCUCAUUGAAGAAACACAGGAUUGGUUCUUCAAAGACCAGAGCCAACUGGCGCUGGGUUUCGAGAACUGGGGCGAGCCUCAACAGGAUUGGGCCAGUUUGGACCUGUCGUUCUUUGAUAGUGGUGACGGCACCACGAAUUCCAGCAGUCAUGUCAAUACGAAUGGAAAUUCUCCUGCGUAUAAUGGGAUGCAGUACUCCGCAUAUGAUUAUGAUCCGGGUACGGGCACGGGUCCGGAUGCAGAUCUUGGGGAUGGCGCGUAUGGGCAGUAUGCUGCUGCUCCAGCGAGCACUUAUUCGAAACCGAACGCGAUGAACGGGAUGGAUAUGACUAAUAUGGCAAUGGGAAUGGGAGUCGGAGGCGGCAAUAUGAAAAUGAAUGCUAUGAUGAACGUACCUUUAGGUGGCGGCACGGGACCGGGAGUGAAACGCUCCAUGCGGUCUCAAAACCUGGGCUUUGAUGACGACAUGUACUAUUGA